AUGGCUGGCGGUGCCCCCCGCUCCACCGGCGCGGCCAAGGCGGUCUGGCGGGGCCAAGGUGCGGUGGCUGCGCGGCCCCCGCCGGGACUCGCGGCUCGGGGAUGCUGCGCCGUCAGCGCCGCCGCCGCCGCCGCCGCCGCUGCAACUCCGGCCGAGCUGCCGGCUGCCGCUCUCGCCGCCUCAGCUCCUCCUCCUCCCCCUCCUCUUCCUCCCGGCCCCGCCGUGGCCGCCGCUGGCGCUCCUCCUCCUCCUCCGGCCGCGGCCGCCGCUUCGCUGCUCCCAAGCCUGUCAUUACGCAGAACAGGGCUGAAGAUAGUGGAGUACGGGAAAGAACCUCCCGGACAGCCUCGGAGACAAGCUUAUACCUACCGGACCUCGUCCGUACCAGCACCGAAAGCACAUACGAUGUCACUAGGCAGGACAAAAAGCCAAAGCCAUAUACGUGACAAGCUGUCUGUGCAGUCUAUUUCAUUUGAAAAUGUGGACAUUUCAGGCACCAUGCUGCUGCUGCUCCUGCUGCUGCUUCUUUUUUUUUUUCCUUUACAGCUGUCUCUGACAAAGUGCAAGAUACUUGAAAGAUAAACCCGACUCAGAGAAGUUGGCUUAUAAAUGUAUGAUUCCCAUAUUUUGACCCAUCUUUUCAAACAAGACUUGUGCAUUAUUUGUUCUUUAAUCGUCUAUAAACUGACGUGGUUGGGGAAAAAAAUACAUUUCGGGCCCACACAUAGUAGAAGAAUAGGCGUAUCCAUCACUCUUUCUCUGGAAAAGGUGGGGCACGGAGUUGAACGACUUGGGCUUUGUGAGACUGCUAAGCCACCGGAGGCCUAGCCAGGGUCUCAGACCUGUUGAUUUUUAUAUUCAAACGCCGACUUCAGCACUAUGCAGAUGCUUCUCAGAAAUGCUGAAACUUAAAAGCCUAAGUUCUGUCCAACCCUUUGUUCUUCUAGUACACUAAUGUUCAAAAGACGUCUAGUGAUAAUAAAUUAGAGAAAAUGUAUUCACUCAAUAGACAAUAAAUAUGGCCUACUAGUGCCGGAUGUCCCUGGAGAUAAGAUGAUCGCCAAAAGCUUACAUUACUGGUAUCUUCAGAAACUAUCAUGGACGUGUUCCUAUCUUGAUUAUGGUGACAGCUUCACAGGUGUAUACAUAUUGUGAAAUGUAAUGUAUAUUUUACCUCAAUAAAGCUAUAAAAAAAUCAUCCAA